AUGGAAAUGAAUGAAGAGUUGUCAACAACCAUCGUGUAUCAUGCCGAUUCACCCAAUGUUGCAGCAUCAAGAACAGCAGCUGGCAUUCGUCGUAGACUUGCUGCCCAAAAAGCCUCAUCUUCGAGUGCUUCAAACAGGCCUGCAACUCAGCCUGGUUCCAUGAUGCGCAUCUACAUGGAUGACUCUCCCGGUGUAAAAGUGUAUGGUGUACAGCACGUAUCCUUCAUGGCUUCAUAA